UUCCUUUCUAGUUUUUUUCUUGAAGCCGACAAAAUGGUUCAACGUUUGACUUUGAGAAGACGUCUGUCCUACAACACCAAAUCCAACAGGAGACGUAUUGUCCGUACCCCUGGCGGUCGUUUGGUCUACCAAUAUGUCAAGAAGAACAAGACUGUCCCAAAGUGCGGUCAAUGUAAAGAGAAGUUGAAGGGCAUCCAACCCUCUCGCCCAUGCGAACGUAGCCGUAUGUCCAAGCGUUUGAAGACUGUCGCCCGUACCUAUGGUGGUGUCCUCUGCCAUCGUUGCUUGCGCGAACGCAUCGUUCGUGCCUUCUUGAUCGAAGAACAAAAGAUCGUCAAGGCUUUGAAGAGCCAACGCGAAAGCUUGGUCAAGCCCGUCAAACCCACCAAGGUUGCCGAGAAGAAGCCCACUAAAUCCGCUGGCGCCAAGACCGCUGGCAAGUCGGCCGCCAAGAAACCCGCCCAAAAAGCUACCGGCAAAUCCAAGAAGUAAAUCAAA